CUUCAAUGACAGAUGUGGCACAGCGUCGCCCUCUUGUCCCGAGCAGAGCGGACUGCAAUUAUACGAUAGAAGAGGAGCAGAAAGAGUAAUACACGAUGGCUUUCAAUAUGUUUUGCCGGCUAACCGCCUCUGUGCUGCUGUCUUCAGGUCUUUGUCACGGUGCCGGGGUGAUCCCGGUGGACUCACUCCGAGGGACACCCGGACAGAGCGUGACCUUCGCCACGUCACUGACGCCGACCUCGGAACCCUUUCUGGCCCUAACUUGGAGCUUUAACACGACCACCAGCGUGAUAACCUCCACCGACGUGGACGUAGUGGGAGAAAACUACCAGGGCAGGAUCACCCUGGAUAAAACCACGGGCUCUCUGGUACUCGGAAACUUGACGCGCGAAGACAGCGGAGAAUAUGAGCUAAUCAUUAUCCCGCAUGCUGCGCAGCCGAUUCAGGGACAUGUUAAAUUGGAGGUGCUAAGUGUGGUAUACAAUGCUGCUAUGGCCUGCCCCACAGAAAAUUUGAUUGAAGGAAUAAGCACCCUCAACUUGACCUGCGACGCUGACGGUGUUGUGACGAAGAGGGUGUGGAUGAGAAAAGGCAAACCGCUGCGCCCCGGGGACAGAUUUGCGUUUUAUGACGGCGGCCGAGUGUUGUCCGUCAGUCCCGUACACAGGCAGGACACUGGAAUGUUUCUCUGUAACGUCAGCAACGCCAUCAGCUUUGACACUGCCAAAUGCAAGCUGAAAGUGUUUUACGGGCCUGACGAACCGUUUAUUGAUCAAGAUCCAGUUGGCGCAGAACUGGAGGACAGCGUCACGCUUCUCUGCUCGGCAGACUCGCUGCCGAAGGCCAAAUUCACCUGGAAGUUCAAGCGCACUGUCAUGUACGGUCCCGAGUACUACAUUGAGGAGAUGGGAAAGCGUCACUUAGGGGAGUACACUUGCACGGCCAACAACGAAAUCACCGGGUCGAAGGUCUCGGUGGUCCACACGUUGCAUGACUCUUGUGUUCCUUUGAGUGUGUCUGUGGUGCUUUGCACUGUCUUGACGUCAGUGGGACUCAUGUUGAUCUGAAAGACUCCAUUGGGAUGCCUUCAUUGUCAAUGUAUCGUCAUAUAAGGCCUCCAAUGUCAC